UGCCAACAUCUGGGGCAGAAGAUGCCUCAUGAUUGGGAGUUCAGUUGCUGAUUGCUGGCCGUUUAUUGCAAGGUGUUGGAGCAGGAGGAACCAAUAUGUUGAUCGAGCUCAUCAUUUGUGACCUUGUUCCUCUGCGGGAGAGAAGUAAGUUUCUGGGCAUCAUUCUUGGGACGUUCACAGUGGGAACAGCUAUUGGUCCCUUUCUGGGUGGAGUCGUUGCGCAGAGCACAGAUUGGAGAGUAAGUCUAUUUCCUCUCCUCCUCCCCUUCCUCCAAGUCCACUACACCAAAGAAUCCACCUUCAGCAAAAAACUAAAACACAUCGACUGGAUCGGCAACCUAGUCCUGAUCCCCUCUCUAAUCAGCAUCCUCAUCGCCCUCACGGAUGCCGAUACCAAAGCCCCCUGGUCCUCUUUCCGGAUUCUCGUGCCUCUAAUCCUCGGCUUUCUCGGGCUUAUAUCCUUCCAACUCUACGAAUCCUCCCUCUCUGCGUCGAGCCCACCAUCUCCACCCGAUUAUUCUCGAACCGCACGCAAUCUACUUCCUACCUAUGUAUUUCCAGUCCGUUCUGGCGUCUUCACUUUCGAGAUCUGGCGUGCAACUCCUCCCCACAUUCAUGAUCCUGCUCCCCUUCGCCAUCAUCUCCGGGCUCGCGAUCACGAAACUAGGAAGGUAUUGGCCGAUGCUCCAUGCGGGAUUUGCGGUGUCACGAUACCUAUUGCCGUGUUUAACAACCAGUUCAGCAAACUACUUUACCGGAUUUCGGAUCCGGCCGUGAGGGCAUUGCUGGCGAAUGGACAGGGAUAUGAACAUGCGAGCAGGACGUUUAUUGACAGGUUUGGGGGAGGGUUAGAGAGAAGAUUGAGGGUGUUUAUACGGAUGCAUUGAGGAUGGUAUGGAUUGUUGGGGCGGCGAUUUGUGGGGUCGGGUUUCUCUUGGUGUUUGUCGAGAAGGAGAUUAAGUUGAGGACGGAGUUGAAGAGCGAGUAUGGGAUGAAGGAGCAGAAGAAGACGAACAGUGGGGAUGCUGGUGUUGAGGCUGGCGAUUAGAUCUCUCAUGGUGUGUGGCAGCAUUCUUUAUUGUCAGAGAAAAAGAGAGAGGC